GGAGAUAACCCUUGAAUUAAAGAGGAGACCGUGGAGAUAAAAGGAGCGGUGACCCAUCAAACAUUGUAUUAUUUGCACACAUGAUUGGAGAUGCAGUUAUCUUUUAAUGGUGCAUUUGCACAAACAACUGUUAGACGACACUAGAUGCAAAAGGGGCACACACGGAGCGUGCAACGGAGGAACUCAGUCUGUAGGCUUGUCCAGAUGACCAUGGUAACAGAACGAAGUAUCGCAAGGAUUGCUGUGCUCGGCGCCAAAGGAGUCGGAAAAACAGCUAUCAUUGUUCGGUUUCUGACAAGACGUUUUCUGCCAGAAUAUCAAUCCGGCAUUGAGACAGUCUACCAUUACAAAGAAGGCAAUGAAGAUGCUGAUAUUCAGAUCAUAGAUACAUGUGGAAAUAAUGAUGAUUUGUGCAUGUGCGCGGAUUCCAUCAUCCUGGUAUUUUCUGUCACCAACCGAAAAAGUUUUGAGUACAUAAAGAAUCUGUCACAAUGGCUAAAAAGCAGAAAAGGAAAAGAGGCAGAGUUCACGAUUAUUGCCAAUAAAACAGACUUGAGUCACAAACGACAAAUUAAUCGCAAUGAAGCAAUGACUUUGGCAAAAUCCAUAAAUGGGUCUUAUUUUGAAAUCUCAGCUGCAAAAGACAUUGAACCAAUUCGUGAUAUAUUCUUGAGAGUGCUUUGCAGCAUUGAAGAGAUUCUGCGAAAUGCUGUUAGUGACAAAAGGAAGAAAACAAAAGUCGCUCCUCAAGCACCGACGGAGCCAAAGAGAAAACAUUCAAGCAUCAGGGACAUAUUCAAGAAACGACCAUCAGUGUAGAGCGAUUCCGCGAUUUGAUAAGGUCCAUCAGAGAAUUGGGACUGGUAGCAGUGAAGCAAAGCUGCGCCAUUGGUGUUCAAUGCUGUCCUGAUUUCAAGUAGCAUGUGCAAUCGCUGGUGAAACUCUCAAGAAAGCAGAAAUGUAUCAUUUGCCGAUCAGCAAUAUACGAUGUAUAUUAUUGUGGCAAGCACUCUGAUAAGAUGGUUGCCUGAAAAGACGCUACUAUGAUUGGAUGAUUGCCUUAAAGAGGCUACGCUGAUAGGUUGAUCGCCUGGGAAGGGACUGCUGCGGACGUUGAUGCAAACUUAGGACAAGAAGAUUCCAAGAGUAGAAAAUGAACAAGAAAAUGUCUAUAACAACAAAUUAAAGAGUUAAUGAGAAAUUGUAAAAAUUUUUUGUGAUUUUCAACCACAGAGUCUUGGACGUAAAUUAUUUGCAGACGAAAAUCAUGUUUUGGGAUGUCCUCUUCUCCUCUUUUCUCUUUUUUCUAAAAAAGUCUCAGCCUUCAGGGAACGUUGCACCCCUUCAGCAAGUUUUCUAUGUAUUUUCAGUCAACAAAUGUCAUACUCGUGAGUAUGCUUUAUAGGUUUGAACAAUUAAAGUACAGUAUUGUUUGACCGUGUUCCCUUCAACCCUUCAGCCCGAUGGCACUUAAUCUCCUUCCUUGUUCCUUGUCUGCCGCACCCUGCAUUGACUAUAGCGAGCUCGCCAAGUACCCUAUCAAAAACUUACCAACUAAUAACCUAUCAUGAUCCUGUCGGUGAAAUCAUGAUCUGUUGAUUGGGUUAUCAAACUAUUUGCAUUGUUUUGAUUGUUGUAAACUAUUUCUGAAUUAAUAAAAAAUUCGAUUGUUGAUAGACGAGUAGAGUAUAAAGAGCUUUAUUGUUGUACAAUGUAUAGUUUGUAAAAUAUGAUUGAGUAAAAUAAAUUUGAGUAAAUAUAA